AUGUUGUCCGAGAAAUCCAACAGAUAUCUCACUGUUGUUGUCGUUGGAGGAGGUUCAGGCGGUGUCGAUGUCGUACUUGGCCUGUCGUCCAAGCUGAACAGGGCGUUCCACAGGCUGAUACUCGUCACUGCAAGACCACGAUACUUAUUCUUCCCAGCCGCCCUUCGACUUCUAGCAAACGAGAAUGCUCCGAUUAGUUCCAUGUACAUGCCGUUCGACAACAUUUUUGGCACGUUCCCGGGUGAGGUCAAGGUCGGGACCGUUACAUCAAUUGAGGAGAACAAGGACGCUGCCGCGCAACGCGGUGGGUUCGUUGUUCUUGACAGCGGAGAGAAAGUCAUCUACGACGUACUUGUCGUCUGCACCGGCUCUUCGUUUGACGGACAUCUUGCGUUUCCGAACGACGAGGAAGGUUUCAAGGAACAUGUCACGAAAUGGAGGGCAAAGAUCAAGGAAAGUAACGAUAUCGUGAUAGUCGGAGGUGGAGCUGUAGGCAUAGAGCUAUCCGGAGAAAUCAAGGACUUCCACCCUAUGAAGAACGUAACGAUCGUCCAAGCGAACCCUCUGCUUCUCAGCGACCUGUAUCCUAAUAGAUACCGGAUCGACCUGGAGAAGCGCCUUCGCAGACGCGGGAUCAACAUGAUCUUUGACGAAGCUGUCGGCAAUUCUGGGGAGCACCAUCCAACUCUCAAGCUGCGAAGCGGCACCGAAAUUCCAUGUGAUCUUCUUAUCCCUGCCCGUGGUGGCCGUCCAUCAACAACCCCGCUCAAGUUCAUGCGUCCACCGGUGCUCACGGACCGGGGGUAUGUCAAAGUUGCACCGACCCUACAGGUCGAUGGACACUCCAAUAUCUUUGCACUGGGUGAUAUCAUCGACUGGCCGGAGGCAAAGCAGCUGAUGAAGAUCAUUUAUGGGCACUCGGAGGUCGUUGUGGCCAACGUCAUGCGCGUGCUGGAGGGAAAGGCGGCGAACCGGGUGUACAAGGGAAGUACGGAGAUGUUGGUCAUUACCAAUGGACAGCAUGGAGGUGCAACGUACCUCGGCUUGUGCUAUGGCUUCACCUUUGGUGAUUUUCUGACCCGCCUCGCGAAAUCGAAGGAUGUCCUGGUAGGAAAGACGCGAGCUAAGAUUGGGCUACCCGCCAAGCCUUGCGAGAAGGAUUAA